AUGAAGCCUCUACUUUGGCUUUCCCGUGUUUUGUGUUUUGUUUGUUUCUGUUGUGCUCUGCCCAAACUGCAGGAACGGAGUCUGAGUUCAAGUUCAUUGUUUGGAAACCUGCCACCAGUGGACAGCAACAUGGACACACCAUGGCUGGCAUCUAUGCCUGGAAAUUGCCAGGGUAUCGUCCUGACUCCAUGGCUGAUUCUUUCUACAGCUAGCUGUCUAAAGAAAUCGAAACUGUCACCUCUGGACAUUUCCGGAGUAAAUGACCCAGAAAGCAUUCCACAUGGCCAAAAAGUCUGCCUCCAUCCCAAGUUUGAUCUCCAAGAUGAAAAUGAUCCAGUGAAAGCAGAUAUUGGCUUCAUCAUUCUUGAGGCGCCUAUCAUCGGGGAUGAGAUACCGCUAUCCCAGUCCACUAAUGUAACUUUGAAGAGCUGUUCUAAGUGCCACUACAGAAGCUGUGGUGUGUAUCAAUAUCAGAGUAGCAAGAAGCUUGGAACCACCAGAGUAAAGAAGAUAGAUGUGCAGCUGCUAGAUUUCUCAACAUGCCACCACCAGUAUUCCUAUUUAGAGAAGACUGAGGGCUUGUGUAUUCAGAGUCAACCACGGCAAGACUGCUGGAUACAGAAGGCCAGUCCUGUCCUAUGUCUUCUAAAGAACCACUGGCAACUGUUGGGCCUCAUACAUAAGACUUCAAGGAUAUGUCUAAAUCCCACAGUCAUCAUUAGAAUAGCUCCUUACUUUACCUGGAUGAAAGGAUUCAUCAAAGCAUCUAAGAAACUGAGUCUUUUGAUCAAAUUAUGGCAAAUAUAA